AUGCCAAGACAUCAUGCCCCGCCGUUGUCUCGCGGUCCGUCAGACCACAGGACGCUCAUCCCGCUCUACGAGCUUGAAAGCAAUCUUACCGCCAUCACAAACCCUUACUCCCCCAUGCUAGCAGUCUCCUCCCCACCACUUCCACCCACCACCGGUCAGCCGGCUACUGUGGCAGCACCGGCUGCUCCGACGCAGCCCGACGAGUCAGAGAAGGAGCGCCAAUCUUCCCCGCCAGAACCGUCACAUGCAUGUCUGUGGGAGGCUUGCUCGCAGACCUUCAACGACCCAGAGCUGUUGUACAACCACCUCUGCAAUGACCAUAUCGGCCGCAAGUCAACGAACAACCUAACGCUGACAUGCAAGUGGAAGGGCGACUGCAACACCACUUGUGCAAAGCGCGACCACAUCACCUCACAUCUCCGCGUGCACGUCCCGCUCAAGCCACACAACUGCGAGGUGUGCGAUAAGAAGUUCAAGCGACCUCAGGACCUCAAGAAACACGAGAAGAUCCAUACGGAGGCGCACCAUGCCCAGCAUAAGCACUCCAAGGCAAUCACCGUUGCAGAUCCUGCCUUCGCACAGCGCGUCCAGGGCGGGGAUCCCACCCGCCUCCUCGUCGACCGCCGUGUCACCGCGACUGACUUGCUAUAUGCGGCCCGUCCUAAGGCACCGUCCGUCUCAUCGCAAAGCACGCCAGAUUUCUCACCAUCCUCCUCGUCGAUGCUUUCAAUCUCAUCCCUCUCUCCAGAUACAGGUCUCCUUCCAACACCGUCCCCCGAGCUGGGAUACUCGCAUCCGCACGCUGCCGCACACCGUGCCUCGAUUCCACAUGCCCAUACCUCCGACAUAUUCCUGCAGCCAAAUACAGUUCCGGCUCACAGUGGGAGUAUCGGUCCCUUGCCGACUUGGGAGGUCUUACGAGACGACGUCGCGUCUAACUCCGCUCUGGGAGGACUUGGAUCGGGUGUCGGCACUAAAAGAGGGCACGACUCAGUCGAGGACUUCUUCACGGACAUGAAGAAACGACGUGUUGCUCCAAGUUACGAUCCGCACAUGGCAGAACGUCUCUCGAGCCUUGCUUAUGCACACCAACAAUACGCAGGCCUUUCAUCGUCUUCGAGCUCACAGCAGUCACACCAGCAUUCUUUCAAUCCGCGGUCUAUUUCUUUAGAUAUUCAUACGCCAGAAGAGCUUGCGGCGGUGAACGAGUUUCUGCUCACAUUAGGAAAGGACAUUACCUCUAUUUCGCAAGCGCCGGCCCGGCGACACCAGCAGUCUACUCCGGACUAUAGUGGCAGUCAACAGGCACACCACAGUGCCCAAAACCAACACCAAGUCGGUGCCGACAUCGGCUCCCCGGCAUCGUACUUCGAUCCUGUCAGUCUGUCUCAACUCGGUCUCGCAAACAUGCCAGGCAUUCCGUCAAUCCCGUCCCCCGCGUCCGCGAGCUCUUCAUUGUCAAGCUUGUCUGCAUAUAGUGGUGACUUCAGUCAAAAUUAUUCUCCGCCCAGCCGUGCACGGUCGAGUGGCCAAGGAUCUGGGCUUUACCCAGGCUUGGAAGAUCAUCCGAACCGCGCGGCGUCCAGCUCUCGGUCCAGCUCCAGCUCUGCUUCGUAUCUGCAGACGAUCGCUCUAUCACCUGUUGAUGCACAUCCGCCCCCACCUCACUCGGCAUCAUCCUCAGGAGCUACACCUACCAAAAUGUAUCACAGUCGUAUGCCAUCCGGCGCUAGCUCCACCUUCCGUCCAACACCCCCGCUCUCAAGCGGAAGUCCCACUGGCUCUGGCACGCGGUCGCCAUCCCCCCUCAGCAUCUCCAGCCACUCGGCGUCCGCGCAGCUCCACGCGUACACGCAGCAGCACCGGGUGAGCGGCAUGGCUUCUGAGCCCGACGGCGCGGCGAACUUUGACUUCCUUGUACGUCCGAGCGCCGCCUCGCAGGAGCACCCGCAGCUCGCUGCGUACGAGUCUUAUGGCGCACGGAGAUUACAAACCGUUGUGCCAUUGAAGAGCGUGCCCGGACGCGAGCGUGAAGAUGAUGGUGCGGAAGGCGAGGUGGGCGAACGAGAGCCGCGCACGCGAUACGUGCUGCCUCCUCCUGGUCCGGUAGAACCGCGUUUGCGGACACCCAUCCAACGCGGGCCGCCAGCGCGACUUUCUUCAUCCGUUUCUUCGCAGGAGGCCGAGGAGAGGCCAAGAUCACUCUACCCUCUUCUCGAAGCAGGUGACGCGGAGUUCCGUCUUCCUCCGCUUGUUGGUACCUCAGCAUCAACAUCAACCUCGCGCACGAGGUCGCCGUUUUCAUCAGUUCGCAGAUCAGGUCUUCGCAACCGACUACUGUCAGAUGAUCCCGACUCACCAGAAAGCUCGCCAAGGAGGGUACCGCCAAGCCUCCCAUCCAUCCACGCGCUGACAGCGGGCCUGGACCUGCGACGUCGGUCCUCAAAUGUUGACGAAGGUGACCUUGCUCGUGGGGUAUCCGAGAUUCGCAUAGAGGGGAAGAGCAGCUCGGCAGCUCUGACAGAGGAGCGUCGACGGCAUGCAGAGCUUAUCCGUGACUUGCUCAUUACGAUUAAUAAGGAUUACCGUGAGCGAUACGGGACGCCGCCUCCGGAUGGUGAAAGACGGACGCGGAGUGGUAAAGAUAGGGACGUCGAGAUGGUUGCUGCUCAGUGAAAUGAGGGAUAAAAGUCAAAAGCGGGAAAGCUCUUCUGUGUAUAGACAGGUUCUUUCGUUCAUUUCGUUUCGUUUCGUUGUUCGUUCUUAAGUACCUUGCUGGUCCUCUUUGUAGUUUCUGCUCUUCUCUUUUCCGUGAUGGCUGUCAAUUUAUGUUGUUGAGGAUGUGUCAAUGCUACUUACAUUUUUUCAUCGGUCCUACUUACACUUAUCCGUGUUAUCAAAUUCGCUACAUGCACACACUUCCGACUCCAAUACAUACAGACAUGACUCUUCGUGCAUGUGGGCACAGUGUGUAUUCUUUCUACUUUAUCCCUCUUACCCCUUCCUCUACACCCGC